GAAGCACAGAUCCAUAGACCAAGCUCCAAACCCUAAUUCUCUUUGCAUAUAAUAAAUACUUCAAGAAGUACAAACUCAUUCUUAAGCAGUAGUAAAUUAGUAAUAUCUUCGGUAGCUCUAGCUCUUGGUUUGUAGUAGAACCUUAGAGCCAUGGCCGUGGAAACUACUCCACUUCUUGAUAACCAAACAGUCAGCCAAACCAAUGGAGAUGAUGAGCAGAACAAACCAGUUACUUUUGUCAAGGAGUUUGGCUAUGAAUCAAAAAAGUUAUGGAAAAUUGCUGGGCCAGCAAUCUUUACUGCCAUUUGUCAGUACUCACUUGGUGCACUUACUCAAACAUUUGCUGGUCUUGUUAGUGAAAUUGACCUCGCUGCUGUGGCCGUCGAGAACUCUGUCAUUGCGGGUCUUGCUUAUGGAGUCAUGUUGGGAAUGGGCAGUGCACUGGAGACACUAUGUGGGCAAGCAUAUGGUGCAGGGAGACUGAGAAUGUUGGGAAUAUAUAUGCAGAGAUCAUGGGUCAUUCUGCUCACUACAGCUUGCUGUCUUCUUCCCAUUUAUAUUUGGUCUCCACCAAUUCUUGAGCUCUUUGGAGAGACCACUGAAAUCUCCCAAGCUGCUGGUAAAUUUGCUCUGUGGAUGAUUCCACAAUUGUUUGCUUAUGCAAUAAAUUUUCCGAUUCAAAAAUUCUUACAAUCACAGAGGAAAGUCUUGGUGAUGGCGUGGAUAUCAGCCAUCGUUCUGGUGCUACAUGCAGUUUUUAGCUGGCUUCUGAUAUUGAAACUUGGUUGGGGCUUAACCGGAGCAGCAAUCACUCUUAAUGUGUCGUGGUGGCUCAUAGAUAUUCUGCAAUUAUUGUACAUUUUCAUAACCAAGUCAGAUGGUGCGUGGAGUGGAUUCUCAUGGCUAGCAUUUGCAGAUUUGUGGGGCUUUGUCAAACUUUCCUUGGCUUCUGCAGUUAUGCUAUGCCUGGAGUUUUGGUACUUGAUGAUAUUGAUAGUGAUAACAGGCCGCUUGUCUAACCCUUUGAUUCCAGUUGAUGCCAUUUCUAUCUGUAUGAACAUUCAAGGUUGGGAUGCAAUGAUUGCACUUGGAUUUAACGCCGCAAUCAGUGUGAGAGUAUCAAAUGAACUUGGAGCUGGUAACUCUAGGGCUGCAAAAUUUUCAGUUGUAGUGGUCUCUCUCACAUCCAUCUCCAUUGGUGUUUGUUGCAUGAUAUUGGUGUAUGCCACCAGAGAUUAUUUCCCUUACCUCUUCACCUCUAGUGACGCAGUUGCCGAGGAAACUACCCAUCUUGCUAUCCUCCUGGCAUUUACUGUACUUCUCAACAGUCUGCAACCAGUCUUGUCUGGUGUUGCUGUUGGAGCUGGAUGGCAAGCUCUUGUUGCAUACAUCAACAUCGGAUGCUAUUACAUUGUUGGACUGCCACUCGGCAUAGUCUUGGGAUUCACAUUGGAUUUUGGAGUUGAGGGUAUCUGGGGAGGAAUGAUUGGAGGAAUUUGUUUGCAAACCAUAAUUUUGAUAGUGGUUACUUCAAUAACCAAUUGGAAAACAGAAGCUGAACAAGCAGAAAGCCGUGUUCGGAAAUGGGGAGGAUCAAUUGCAGAUCAUUAACAAGUCUUACAGUUUUGAGGGGCGCAAUGAGAAAUGGGGUUUUGGAUGGAGCA